UUUUUUGAUAGGACAAAAGGAGCAAUUAAGAGCUUGAAGCACAUGAUCCAAACACAACAGAAUAAAUCUUAGUUUUGAGAAACAUUUUUUUUUUUUUGAGAAAUAGUUUUGAGAAACAUAGUUGCUCAAGACUUGCCUCAACUGUCCCAAGUUUCGAAAUAUUGAAAUUCCAUUUCCAUAGCCUUUCCCCACUAACUCGCCUCUCUCUAAGCAAAGCCUACAAAAAUCAGAAAGUAACUUAUUAAUUCAGUACAAAAAUGUGUUAUGGCAGUAAUGCACAAGGUACUCUUGCCAUUGGCAAUUGGCAUAAGGUACUCUUGACAUUGAUCUUACUAUGGGCAACAGAAGCAGCUGAUGUUAACGAGCUGCCUGCAAAAGACUGUGAUGAACACUGUGGCAACAUUAGUAUUCCAUAUCCAUUCGGUACAAGGGAAGGAUGCUACAAGAGUGAGACUUUCCUCAUCACAUGUAACCGCACCAAUAACCCUCCUAUUGCGUUUCUGGGUAGGGGCAAUGUAAGAGUGACAGACAUCUGGCUUUGGGGUGAAUUGCGAGCCUAUGCCUUCGUUGCCCAUGAUUGCCACAACCUAUUCGGUCAGAGUCAUUUCGAACCAUUUUUGCAAUCGCGCAGAUUCCCCGUCUCCAGCACCCGAAACAAGUUCACAGCCAUUGGUUGUGACACAAUUGCUGUGAUAAAGGGUACCAGCGGCCGCGGGGCUAUUUACACAACUGGGUGCAUUUCGCUAUGUGAUCGCAAGGAGGACGUGAUUGAGGGGUCUUGCUCUGGCAUCGGUUGUUGCCAGACUGCUAUUCCAAAACGAGUAAUGGAUUUUAACAUCUUAGUCACUAGCUAUUACAACCGCACCGAAAGCAACAGCAGAGCGUUUGGCUUCAAUCCUUGCAGCCUUGCUUUUGUAGUAGAGGAAGGUAAAUACAACUUUUCUUUACUUGAUCUUCGAUAUUCUGGAAACAAAAGUAGGACGUUCCCGGUUGUCCUAAAUUGGGUAAUAGGGACGCAAAAUUGCAGUGAAGCUGAAAAGGUUCCAAACAGUUAUGCAUGCAAGGCCAACAGUCACUGUAAUGAUUCAGAUAGUGGUCAAGGGUACUUAUGCGAGUGUAAUAUGGGAUUCCGAGGCAAUCCUUACCUUCCACACGGCUGCCAAGAUAUUAAUGAGUGCGAGGAAAACCCCUGCUCCAAAACAUCAACAUGCACCAAUUUAAAUGGUACUUAUCGCUGUUCUUGUCUGAAAGGAUAUGAAGACAAUAGCGGAAGCAUUAAUGGAACGGGCUGCAAACCCAUACCACCACCUCCGCCAACGUCUCAGAGUUUUCCCUUGAUGAAUAGGAUUGCGCUCGGUGUCAGUGUUAGUCUCUUACUACUACUUUUCGGCAUAUCUUGGUUAUACUUGGGACUCAAGCAAAGAAAGCACAUCAAACGCAAACAGAAGUUUUUUGAACAAAAUGGUGGCUUUCUGCUACAGCAACAACUUUCAAGGCACAAAGGAUCGGUUGAAACAACUCGAAUAUUUACAGCGGAAGAGCUUAAAAAGGCAACAAACAAUUACCAUGAAAAUAGAAUCCUAGGCCAAGGAGGCCAAGGAACUGUGUACAAAGGAAUAUUAUCAGAGAAUAGAAUAGUUGCCAUUAAAAAGUCUAGAACAAUAGAUCGGACUCAAAUUGAACAAUUUAUUAAUGAAGUGAUUGUGCUUUCCCAAGUGAACCAUAGGAAUGUGGUAAAACUGUUGGGAUGUUGUUUGGAGACUCAAGUUCCUAUGUUGGUAUAUGAAUUUGUUACCAAUGGUACCCUUUUCAACCAUAUACACAACACAGACCACUCUUCCACACUUCAAUGGCAUCUACGUCUGCAAAUAGCUACAGAGACUGCAGAGACGCUUUCUUAUUUGCAUUUUGCUGCUUCUACUCCAAUCAUUCAUAGAGAUAUCAAGAGCACUAAUGUACUCUUAGAUGAUAAUUUCACAGCUAAGGUAUCCGAUUUUGGAGCUUCAAGGCUGGUUCCGCUGGAUCAAACACAGCUAACCACAUUGGUGCAAGGGACGCUUGGAUACUUGGAUCCAGAAUACUUUCAAUCAAGCCAGUUAACAGAAAAGAGUGAUGUUUAUAGUUUUGGAGUUCUCCUUGCAGAAUUACUGACUGGAAAGAAGGCACUUUCUUUUGACAGGCCCGAAGAAGAGAGAAAUUUAGCCAUGCAUUUUAUCUUAGCAAUGAAAGACAACCGUUUGUUUGAAAUUCUUGACCAGCGAGUGGUGAAAGAGGGAAAUGCUGAGCAACUUAUGGAGGUUGCUAUGUUAGUGAAGAGAUGCUUAAGAUUGAAGGGAGAAGAGAGGCCUACUAUGAAAGAAGUGGCAUUGGAACUUGAGGGCUUGAAAGCAAUGGAGAAGCCUCCACGUUUUAAAGGCAAUAUGGGUUCAGAAGAGACUGAGUUCCCACUCAGUAGACAAGAUGAUGCUUGUCUCAGUGGUGCUACUAGUGAUUCUGCAUGUUAUGAUAGCAUAAAAAGCCAGGUUCACAUAUCAGUACUUGAUGAUGGGCGAUAAUUAUGCUUGAGUCAAUCAUUAUUAUCGCGCUGUCGUUUUCUUUUCUUGCCCUCUGGUUUGUUGUUUGUGUUUUAUUUAUCUGCGUUCUCAAGAAGUAAUUGUAAUAAGUGUUGUUGUUUCUUAUUGAAAUUUCUAAUUCAGAAUAGAUCAA